AUGCCUUCCCCACCUUUUCUCCCCCAGACAUCAUCUCGCUCGGAUCGCAUCAACCUUCCCUCGUCCAUGCUUCGUGGUAUCGAUUACAUCACCCCACUCACAGACAACCAUAACCUCACCCGCACACGUAAGGUGCUCGGAGAGCUUCCAAUUCAUCGCUCUCCCCCGACCCCUCCCACUCCACCCUCUGUGCCGACAUACUCGACUCGCGUGCGCCGUACGUAUGCGGGAGUGCCGCAGGAGGAGCGCCAGCUCCGCCAGAUAGUGUACAACCCACAUCUUCUCCCAUCAUCCAUCACUAGUCACCACCCAGUGCAGGCUCAGCCACCUGUUCCAUGGCGCCCGGUAUGGUCGCGCGUCUCUCACUCGGAUGACGAGGAGCUGGUUGCACUGGUGGACGACAUGCUCACUCCAGAGCCCGAGGAAAUCACGCCCCGGAGGCGCUACUGCUCGACCCAGCAGAACGUCGAGGUCGAGAACGGAGACCAUGAGGAGUCUGAGCCGGACCUCGACCUUCACAAACCGACUGCCAACAUUGCCUCUGACAGAGACGAGGAGAUGGAGCCCAGCUUUGACAAGAACCUCUGCGAACCGCGCCGAAGGCGUAAGCUUGCUCGGCAUGAUCACCAGGGGAUGAAGGCCGACUAUUACGAGAAUGACGGCGAACCUGACUUGUACGGCGAGCGUCUCUUCGCCACCGAUUCGCUCGAGUCUCGUAACUGGUCAGAGAACUAUGACUAUGGUCGCCCUCUCCAUCCUCUCACUUCACUGCGUAACGAGUGCAAUUAUUUCUUACCGCCGCGCACGAAGAGCGAUCGCCACCUCUUCGCUCCACGUGACUUCCGCGAUAUUUUACCAGUCAUACUGGAGGAGGACGAGCGCCACCGGCUCAAGUUCACUCAAACUCGGCGCGAGUUCAUGUACGGAGAUGCCAAGAAUCACAAGAAGGGUAAGAGAAAGGAAUCUCCUCGUCGCCGUCGCACCCGGCACGGUCGAUCCAGGCACCAGGUGCCCGAUGCGCCGCGGCCGAUAGGUCGCAUCACUGUGCAGGAGCUGCGCGAGCGGUAUCAGCUCAACGGGGCUAAGCCGUUCCCUGUCGACUCCCAGCUGAUACGUGCUGGCCACCGGGCUUCAGUUGACGCUCGCAAGCCUGCCAAGCAGCGCCAUGCCCCCGCUGGUGACCGUGUCCCACCCCUGACGCCUGCUGAACGCUUCCACCACAGUACCCCUGGUCGCCUGCUGCUGCGACCCAUUCGCGGACGCGCAGCUGGUCGGGCCAACCCUGCUCCUGGGGGCGUUUCGUACCCUCCGUUACCGUUUACCUCAGCCACCCCACCCACUCGCUCAACAGCACACGCAAGCUGCACGUCUACCGGAAUCAUCGCUCCUGGACGCAACGCUGCCAGCUCCAGCAACGUCUCCCGAGUGAUGGACUCUGUCCGCACUGGCGAGCCUACAGGCCGCCGUCGCCAACCGCCUACGACACUUUCCCAGCGUAGCUCCCAGUCGUCGCAGUUGAUCAAGCUCUCACCUCCGACUCAGUACGGUCAGCCCGCCCUUGGUUUUUGGAACGGGGAGCAGGACGCCAUCCACGAUUUCGAGCCUGAAGAGCGUCUGCAGGUGCACACACCGGAACCCGAGGACGUGCCAGAGGACGACCGCAUCUUCAUCACCAUGGACAACGGAGAGGAGAUUCUCGUCUCGAACUCAGAGAUCGAGGAGUUUAUGCUCACGGAGGCUCUCCAUGAGAUGGCGCAGCCGAUGUCCCGCUCAUCCUCUCCUCACGACCACAUCGAGCAGUUCGGUGACCAUGGCUCGGCACCGUCGCUUCAGAUGCAGAGCACGCGCCACCCUCUGGAGGAGAUCGACCUUCCAGAAGGUGACCAGUUCUCGGGGUUGAACAUGACGGCGUACCUGCUGCGGAUAGCUGGUCGCGGCCUUCAGGCUCAGCCGCAGAAGACUUCUCGUGAGCUCAAGCUCGACGAGCGCCGCCAGCGCCUGGAGGCCAAACGUCGCGAAGGUGAAACCUCGCCUGCCCAGUCUAUCGCCCUAUCCUCAGGCUCAACACAGCCCCGCGCCUCACAGCGACAGCCACCCAACCGUUUCUCGCAGCCCCAGCCCAACUUCCUGUCACCCGAACAUUACGACCCGACCCGCCCGACCCAGAGCGACCUGUCCAUGGUACCGCAGCCGUACCAGAACUUGGCCAAAUCGCGCCAGCUCCCGGAACCUGUGCGUGCUUACCGCUCCGUUCCGGAGCCCACGCAGGAAAACUCGUGUCCUCCUCUACGUCGCACCAAGACCGUGAAUGCGAACGCCGCCGCUCCCUUCAAGCGUCCCACGCGGCUCAAUGCCACGCCGCCCCCCGAGCCCACGCUCGCUGAACGUAUCCAGCAGUCAAUCGCCAAGGCCGUUCCGGCCUACGCGGCGCUACGUCCCCAACGCCUCCCAAGUCCGCCUCCCCUGCUCGGCGUGCGCAUGACCCGCACACGCUCCAUGCCCUACCCGCCACAGACCUCGACUGCGUCAACUUCCGAAACGCGGGCCAGACGGUGA